AUUUGGUUACAAGCCCUUUGCUUUAACAAUUAACAGAGAGUCAAGUGAGUCGGACAGAAUUUCAACUUGUGAGGUCAUUUCUGACCGAGUUUGUCCGUCUGUGUAUGUUGCUUUAUCUGUGCAUUUCUCUCCACCUUCCGCUGAACUCUUCUAUGGAAAUAUUUUUCUCCAGCUAAAUAUAUUGGUUGUUUGUUUCAGUAAGGUGUCCUCCACCAUCACAAAUAAGUUAUACAAGAGGUCAAGGAAAGUUACACAUAUCUUGGAAAAAAGGAAAACAUGUUUUUCAAUAUCUGGUUCAACUCAGAGAAUCUAACAUGGUUACCUGGAAAACGGUCAAAUCAGACAAUAAUCAUGAAGUCACAGUGUCCGGGUUGAAUCGAUCAGUUUCGUAUGCAGCUCAGGUUCAGUGUAAUCCUGAUAGCACCAGUAGGAGGUGUCAGAAGUGCAUGUGGAGUGAUGUUUUGUUUAUCCCUCCUGAGCUGACAGAGGAGCCAGAUAUUGUGGAAUUUAUUACAGAACUAUUACCAAGCGGGAAGCAAAGGUUCCAUAUGAGCUGGAAGUACAACAGCAAUGUCUCAGGAUACAGUGUCACUGUCAAAAAAGAAUCUGGAGAAUUUCAAGAGACCUUCAACACUACCCUUCCAGAGCUCAGUCUGACUCUCUCUCUAUCUGCCUACUUGGUCCGUGUUGUAGCUUUUAACAGUGGCGGACAAUCUCCGGCAUAUCAAAGAAAGAUCCCAGAACCUCAAAAUAUAGACUUGCCCGGUCAAAUCAGUGUAGCUGCCUGCUCAAAUGAGAGCUUUUCUAUUUCCUGGAAUAAAAGCCUUGUUAAAAACUACACCUGCUAUUCUGUUGUGUGGGGCCUGGUUCAUGGAAACAAGACAUCACAGUCAUUUUAUUCUCUGUCAGAAAAUAUAACCUUACGAGGGACCUUGGAACCCUACAAAAUAUACAGAUUUACUCUGCAUUUAAGACACAAUAAAUCCCCCUGCAACUUGAAAAGUCUGAAUAACAGUGAAAGCACAUAUGGCAGGACGGAUGCUUAUUGCGUUGAAGGAAAACCAAAGAGUGGACCUAUCAACGUGACCUACAGCAAUGUUACAAAAACAUCAGCUGUGAUAAACUGGAGUAAAGUACCCGAAGAGGAUCUGCAGGGAUUUCUUCAGGGCUAUAUAAUCCAUUAUAGAGCUAACGAUACAAGUGCUUCCUCAGCAAUCACUGUUAAUUCCUCCACAAACAGUUAUCUUUUAACUAAACUGAAGAGCAAAACAAUAUUCAAAGUCAGUGUGUCUGCCUUCACAGCGGCUGGGGAGGGAGUCCGAAGCGACCAAAUCAUAUUUGAAACAAAGAAUUACGAGCUCAGUAGUAUAACUGUCAUUGUUGUGUGUGUCAUUCCUGGAAUACUACUGAGUCUGUGUGCUGUUCCUAUUUGCUCCAGAAUAUUUAAAAGAGCAAAGAUGUUUUUUUGGCCAAAUAUACCCAACCCUGGCAACAGCAAUGCUAUGCAGGAAAUUUAUAGAAGCAGCCCACUGGAGUUUUCGGUUACCACAACGUCGCCUCUGUUUGAAGCUGACACCGAUGAUAAAGAUGCCGACAGCCUGCAUAUCACUGAAGAGUCGUCAGUGAUGCUUGCAGAGAUCGAGCAGCUUCAAAAUGAACCUGUCCAAAGCAACAUGGAUCCCAGUCCAAUAAAACCAGCCCCCCCGCCUGUCAGCGAUUAUACCACCAUGGAGUUCUUUCAUCAAGUCAUGCCUCACGCAUCAAUAGCCACUGCUGUAGCUCAAGUUCAGCCAAGCAGACAGAAUGACAUAGAGCUGAGUGCCAUGGCAACGCUGAAGGGUGUGGCAGUCCUUGACUAUCUAAAGCAAACAUUUUGCAAUAUUUACUCCAAUACAACAACAGCUGGAAAUGACAAAACUGACCCAAGGAUGUGAAUGUCAAGCACAGAAUCUUUAGUCUUCAAAGGAAAAAGCACCUGGCAAUGAGUGAAAGCUCAUCUGUUUUUAGUAUUUUCGAGAACCAAGCAACAAUAAACCAUUAUCUGCAAAGCCUCCUGCUUCUACCACAGCAGGUAUUGUACAUAUGAAUUAUGCUGUCUGUUACAGUUGUAGAUGGGUUAAGAAUUCCGAAAGGUGCAUGUUUGAGUCAAUAUCCUGUACAUGAAAAAAUCAAGUCAAGGAGAGAAAAACCUUUCAACUGCUGCUUUCAUCAUUACUUUUAAGUUUUGAGAAUACAUGCUGUGAACCUCCCUAUCACACAACACAGUGUGUGUUACCACUGGUGGACUAUAGAAAUUUGCUUUACAGUCUUCCAGCCAUGGUAUCUGGUCUUAUGGUCACAGUGCACAAUGCCUUUCUAAGGAUGCAAUAGAUAGAAAUACAUACUGCCGGUUUGAUAAACUAGUUUUCAUUGUUUGGCUCUAAUGUCAUUUUGAACUUGCAUCAUUUGUAUCAGCGAUGUGCAAGUAAGCGUAAUUAUUUUUAAGAUGUUUUAAGUUCAGCCAGUUUUAAGGUCAACCAGACAUGACUCUCAGGGAACAGGGAGUGUGUUUAGUGUCUGUGAAUGCAAUUGCUACAGAAACUUGAAUGACGCUUACAUCUGCAACUGCAUCUACAGCGGCAGGCCGGGUGUGCUGCAGGUAACAUCAGUCAGACUGUAGCCACUACAGAAAGCAGCCAGCACAGCUAACUGUGAAUACAGUGUACGUGAACCUAGGUAUCACACAGACCUACUGUACCUGUGAA